AUUAUUUGAGGUAGGAAAUGUGGACACUUUUCAAGUUUUAUUGCUAACAGAUGAAUUUUCUGUAUAUUCAUAGCUUCAUCAACUCCUUCACUGAGAAUCACUACUACAAAAGUUGAAAGCAUCAAACUCGAAAACAUGGUGCUUUUGGAUAGCUUAGAACAACCACAGCCAUUAUAUGUAAUUGUUCUUUGCUAUCUAGCCAUUUUCAUUCUCCUGAAAAAAUCAUUUUAUUUCCUCAACUGGAUCUUCAUAACAUUUUUCAGACCUCCAAAAGUCCUCAAGAAAUGUUACGGCUCAUGGGCUCUUGUUACAGGCUCCACCGAUGGCAUAGGCAAAGCCAUGGCCUUCGAACUAGCCCGAAAAGGCCUAAACCUGGUGCUAGUUAGUCGAAACCUCAGCAAACUAGAGCAAGUUUCCAGAGAGCUUUUAGCUGAAAACCCAAACAUACAGGUCAAGAACUUGGUUGUAGAUUUCUCGAGAGACGUUGUUGCAGCAGUGAGGCAAAUGGAAGAGGCUAUUAGAGGGUUGGAGAUCGGUGUUCUGAUUAAUAACGUUGGGGUAACGUACCAUGAGGCAAUGUAUUUUCAUGAAGUGAAAGAGGAAGAGUGGAUGAAUUUAGUGAAUGUGAAUUUGAGAGGAACAACUUUGGUGACUAGAGCAGUUGUUAAAGGGAUGAUUAAGAGGAGAAGAGGCGCUAUUGUUAAUAUCGGCUCUGCUGCUUCUGUCGUCGUGCCUUCUCAUCCUCUGUAUGCGAUCUAUGCAGCUACUAAAGCGUACAUUGAUCAGCUGUCUAGAUCUUUAUAUGUGGAGUAUAAACAUUAUGGGAUAGAUGUUCAAUGCCAGGUACCAUUAUACGUCUCGACAAAAAUGACAGAAAAUGUAGCAGGCAUAAAGAGAGCGUCAAUGUUCAUCCCCUCAGCAGACAAUUAUGCAGAAGCUGCUGUAAAAUGCAUUGGUUACGAAAUCAGGUGCACCCCUUACUGGUCACACGCAGUCCAAUGGUUUUUCGCCUCCCUGCUGCCUGAUUUCGUGCUAGACAACUGGCGCUUAUCCGUUGGCAUUCACCGGAGAUCAUCUCUGCAUAACACAUGAUUAUGCACUUCUGUUUUUCUGUAUGCACAUUAUGUUUCUCCAAAUAAGUGAUGAACAAUUUUAUAUUUUUAUGUACUUGAGUAAGUGAUAAAUGUUAUGCAGAUGGAAGUCAGAAUAUAUUUAUGCAAACAUAAAGCUCAUGCAUUUAACAGGCUGACAUGCCUAUAUU